AGGUUAAAGGGCCUUCGAGUAGCUCAGCUCAAGAUCAAGGCGACAGGAUGGAGAGUCUGCGAUAUCCUGGCCUCCUUUCUUCCUGUCACCGUGCUGUCGUAUAAUAAUAGACACACACGCACAGGACACACACUCGACAUGAAGACGCGGCUGUCCGCAUAAUAAAGCAACGCUAGCACGUUGUGCGCAGCUGUGUUAUGAUCAAGUGGCUUGCCUGUACAGUUUCAAGCAGCAAUGCCAUUCUACUACUCUGCAGUACUUGGGAGAUAAUAUUAACCAUGGAUUUACAAUAUCUUACAGGAUUAUGAGCGUAUUUAUCGUCUUUGUUUUACAGUACUGAUAUUUCUCUUUUGGAUGGGCGUCAUGCCAAUCAUUCAGACACCAUGCCUACUCAGUCGGAUGGGUACAUGAGGGCGCUGCAGGACCUGUCAACGUUCAUCGGAUUGACCCGUCACAGGCGAAUCAAACUUUACUUCCUUGCUAUGGUACUAUUCAAUGCAUGUCUCUAUUUUGCCAUCUACAGUGGACACAAAGAGGUCGUUACUGGGAGACAGGUCUCCACUUCAAAACCACGUGACAUAGGGGUCAUAUCGUCACGUGACCCGAGUAAAGUGGAAUGCGACCCGGAAGUCGUUAAAGACAUCGUACGACACCAUGGCCAAAAUGCCAAGGAACAGGAAAGGAAACUGUGCCCCAAGAAUGCAAAUGCAGUGGAAGACUCCUCUCGGGGAUUUGUCUCAAGGUUUGUUAAAUGGUGGAAUGGCGGAUCAAACGACACCAGUAGCAAGCCCCCAAAGAGUCUCAGUGCUUCUCAUGACUACAAACUUGUAUUGAAUGAACCAGAUGCAUGUAGGACUGCAGACGGAAGUGUCUUCUUACUCGUGUGUGUCUUUACAAUCCAUUCGAAUUUCGAAAAGCGGAAAGCUAUCAGGGAAACCUGGGCUUCACAGAAAGUGGUGCAGGGUAAAGAAACAGUGACAGUUUUUAUGUUGGGUAAAACAACCAACGAGUACCACCAAAGACUUGUAGAGUUGGAGAGCAAGAAACACGGUGACCUCAUCAUGGAAGACUUCGUCGAUUCCUAUCAUAAUCUUACUCUCAAAACAAUCAUGACGACGAAAUGGUCUAGUCAGUACUGCGGCGAUGUGAAAUACGUCAUGAAAACAGAUGACGACAUGUUUGUCAAUUAUGACGCUUUAAUUACCCACCUCGUCGAUCCCCAGACACCACAGACAAACUAUUUUGUUGGGAGUAAAUUCUCCGGAAAUUCUCCGAUUCGAGACCCUAAGAGCAAAUGGUACGUUCCCAAGAAGAUGUAUUCAAAUCCGCGUUAUCCGACGUUCUGUUCGGGAACGGGGUACGUCAUGUCCGGUGACAUUCCGGCUCGCGCGUACAACAUGUCCUUGCACACACGUUAUCUCUACCUCGAAGACGUGUACAUGGGGCUUUGUAUGAAGAAGUUGAAGGUUAAAAUGUCGGGGCAUUCGGGGUUCCAUAUUGAUGACGUGCCCUACAAGUACUGCGCGUAUAAGCGAUUGAUUACAACGCAUGGGAAAACGACGACGAUGAUGUACAGAAUAUGGGAAGACCAAAAAUCUCGUGCUGGAACCGUGUGUGCUGGCAUUCACAAGCCACAUGUCAAAUAGCCAGUUCGUUGGAGAAAGGGUUUACGUCACCUCGUUAGCAAGAAUCGACCUUUGACAUUUCAUUAUUUAUAUCGCAGGGGCCGCGGAAGCGGUGGGGGGGAGGGGGGGCUGUUUUUUCCAAAACCGUGCAGUACGAAAACGUAAAACUAAUCAUGAUUGUGAUUUUUUACAUGGUCAGCCCCGCGGCCCCAGUAUCGAGACCAUCAUCUCCACCAUCAUCAUCGUAUGGUCUACUGGAAUGGUGAUGUCAGGCCAAGGAAACGGUGGUGUGAGUCUGGUGAACUUGGAAAUCAGUUAAACCCUCGUACUUUGCCACAUUCGGCCAACGACAGGAUCGAACGGUCACUUUAGUACUCGACUCUGUUCCUCUUUCGACAAGCGCGUGCGCACAGAUGUUAUUUCCAGCGUAUCACGUAGAAUUAAAAUGCAGUACAUAAUACCAAUCUAUGAUACCGCGGGAGAAUGCAAUUACCCCCCCCCCCCUGAUGUUUGCCUAUCACGCUUGCCAGAACAGGUUGUGCACAUAUUAGUAGGCCUCGUGUAUUUUGAAGAAAAACAAAACAACCUGAAAUAUUUUUGAUGAUUAUUUUAUGUACAAUCCUUACCAAAACAAGUAAACACCAUAUUAAGGUGCUAUAAACUUGCAAUAUACAUGUAUCUCGCUUACACAAAGAAUGCAGAUUCCCAAAAUAAGUAUUUUAUUUAAUAUAAACGUCGUGUCAAGUCGAUCGCAUAUCGCAAGUGGUUUAGAGUGGGUUUGUCAACAAACUUUGUUUAAGAUUUUCUCUAUGUGCUUCUCUGUGUCUCUUAGAUGUAUUUACAGCUUCCAUUAUGACAGGGUAAAUGAUGAUGUAAAUUAUGAUUGGUGACGUCCAUAGGAGUGUUAUUAUGUGUACCUCGUCGGAGUAAAAUUCUAUGAU